AUGGGGUAUCUAAACGUGGAGAAGAGAUGGGUUUUUCCUCUAGUGAUCACAUCUCUUGUCUGCGUUUUUCUCCUUGCAACCUCUUUCAACAUGGGACUAGUCUCAUCUCUCCGAACAAUCAACGGCAUCUUCUCCUCCAUCGUCCCUUCCCGUCUCGUCAGCAACCAGACAAGAUUCGAUUUUGCAGAGUCCAAAGUCGCUAGACAAUCCCAUGUUUCGUCUCGCGAAGAAGACAAGCUUCCACGUUUCGCAUACCUUGUUUCAGGGUCUAAAGGAGAUGUGGAGAAGCUUUGGAGGACGCUUAGAGCAGUGUACCAUCCGAGAAACCAUUACGUUGUUCACUUGGACCUUGAAUCGCCGGUUGAUGAGAGAUUACAGCUGGCUUCUCGGAUUGAUAAGGACCCUAUGUAUUCAAAAACAGGCAACGUCUAUAUGAUAACUAAAGCUAAUCUUGUGACGUAUAGAGGACCAACAAUGGUGGCAAAUACACUUCACGCUUGUGCUGUCCUUCUUAAGAGAAGCGCCAACUGGGAUUGGUUUAUUAAUCUCAGCGCUUCAGAUUAUCCUCUCGUCACUCAAGAUGAUCUGCUUCAUACGUUUUCCACUUUGGACCGGAACGUCAACUUUAUCGAACACACAAGUGAACUUGGUUGGAAAGAGGAGAAGCGAGCAAUGCCAUUAAUGAUUGAUCCUGGACUCUACUUGUUGAACAAAUCAGACAUUUACUGGGUCACUCCUCGUCGAAGUUUACCAACUGCAUUCAAGUUAUUCACUGGAUCAGCUUGGAUGGCUUUGUCACGCUCGUUUGUAGAGUAUUGCAUAUGGGGAUGGGACAAUUUACCAAGAACCCUCCUAAUGUACUACACCAACUUCGUUUCAUCGCCGGAAGGUUACUUCCAGACGGUGAUUUGCAACGCGCCCGAGUUCUCGAAAACCACGCUGAACCACGACCUCCACUACAUCUCCUGGGACACUCCGCCGCAGCAGCACCCGCACGUGCUGUCGCUCAACGACACGGCGAAGAUGGUAGCGAGCGGUGCUGCGUUCGCUAGGAAGUUCAGAGGAGAGGACAAAGUGCUUGACGUGAUCGACAAGGAGCUGCUUAGACGGAGGAAUGAUAGAGAUGGUUUUACUCCUGGUGGGUGGUGCAGUGGGAAACCAAAGUGUUCUCAGGUUGGUGACGUGGCUAAGAUUAAGGCUAGUCCUGGUGCUCAGAGGCUUCACGGACUUGUGGACAGGUUAGUCAACCAGGCUAAAACAGGACUUAAUCAGUGUAAAUAG